UUCCUUACCCCCCAAAUGUUUCAAGCAUGCCCUGCCACCUCCUGCUCAAAGAACUCACUUUCCACAUUUGUUCAGGUCUCCCGCGAUCUCCAAGGCCUGAUGCGAGAGAGAUGAUACUGCUUUCAUUUGAGGCUCGCACUCCGAUUCGGGGAUGUAUGUGGUAGCCGUGUUGGUUUGAGCCCCAAAGAAAUGCAAAAAUCAAGAACUCUUGGUGCUCUAAAAUGAUCUUUUUGCAUCCUCUGAAGUGCGCAGGCGCACGCACGCCGUCACGCAGAUCCCCAUCCCUCUCUCGCCAUUCCCCUUCUCCCAUCGUUAAUUAGAAACCAUCAUCCUGUUGGUUUGCCAGCGCUGAGAAACUCUUCAAGGAAGUCGAGAGCACCUUCCUUCUGACAGACAUGACACACACGGGUCCAGAAAACUCAGAAACCUGUGCCACUCCAGACACCGACCAUGACCAAGAGUUGGCUCAAGAGUGCCACAGACUGAAAACUUUUGUCAGCUUUCCAAGUGGCUGUCCGGUCUCUGCAUCAACACUAGCACGAGCUGGUUUCUUUUACACGGGAGAGGGAGACAAAGUGAAGUGUUUCAGUUGUCAGGCAACUGUUGAAGGGUGGGAGCAUGGAGACUCGGCAGUAGGGAGACACAAAAAUAUUUCCUCAGACUGCAGCUUUCUUACUGGAUUUAACUGUUUGAAAAAUGAUAUGCAUCCUGCCCUCCAAAACUGCCAGCUCAGAAUUGAAAAUUGUUCUGGAAAUUCAAGCCUUCCACACACUUUUGACAGUGCAUCUGACCUAAGAGCAGAUUAUCUUCUGAGAACAGGGCAGGUUGUGGACAUGUCAGAUACCCUGUACCCUCGAAACCCUGCUAUGUGCAGUGAAGAAGCUAGGUUAAGGUCUUUUCACAACUGGCCAAACUAUGUACCAUUAACGCCAACGGAAUUAGCCAGGGCUGGGAUGUACUAUUCAGGUGUUGAUGAUCAAGUGGAAUGCUUUUGUUGUGGUGGAAAAUUGAAAAAUUGGGAACCUUGCGAUCGAGCUUUUUCAGAGCACAAGAGGCAUUUUCCCCGGUGCUUCUUUGUCUUGGGCCACAAUGUUGGAAACAUCCCAAGUGAAUCCAAUUGUGCCGAGGUCAGCAGGAAUAGUUCAUACGAUGCAGAUCAUCCAAGGAAUCCCUCUAUGGCAGAAUACGAUGUGCGGCUCAGGACAUUUUUGAAUUGGCAAUACCCAGUUAACAAGGAGCAACUUGCCAAAGCUGGGUUCUAUAGCAUAGGUAAUGGAGAUAGUGUCAAAUGCUUUCAUUGUGGUGAGGGACUGCAGGAGUGGAAGGAGGAUGAAGAUCCUUGGGAGCAACAUGCUAAAUGGUUUCCAGGAUGCAAAUAUCUGCUGGAAGAGAAGGGGCAAGAAUUUGUAAAUAAUGUUCACUUAACACAUACAUGGAGGGAUUCCACAAUAGAAGCUGCUGAAAAGACAUCACUUACAGAAGACAAAUUUUUACAGAGUCACUUGGUACAGAAUGCAAUGAGUAUGGGUUUCAAUUUGUCUGAGAUUAAGAACAUUAUAGAGAAGAAACUGCAGACAUCUGGAGAAAACUAUACCUCUGUUGAGGUUUUGGUCGCAGACUUAAUAAAUGCUCAGAGAGCAAAUGCACAAGAAGGAUCCAGUGAGAACCCACUGAUUAAAGAUCUUAGUGUGGAAGACAAGUUAAGACGUUUACAGGAGGAAAAGCUCUGUAAAAUCUGUAUGGAUAAAAACAUCUCUGUAGUUCUUAUUCCCUGUGGCCACCUGGUUGCUUGCAAGGAAUGUGCUGAAGUAGUUGUUAAAUGCCCCGUGUGUUGCACAGUUAUUACAAAAAGACAGAAAAUUUUUAUGUAUUAGUCAAAUGUACAGCGAGUGCUGCUUGUGCAAAUGGUUCCUAUUAUGUUGCUGAAAUCUUUGUAAAGCAUUAACUGACAGUCGGGAUGAUAAACAGUCUAGCGCGCAAACGUAUUUAGAGUGCCUCCGUUUGGGGAUAAUAGAAAGAAUAAAGCUUUAAUCAGUGCCCUAAAAUCUUAUGAAUCAGUAGUUAGAGGCUGCUGUAUUUAUGUGGUUUACAGCACUCGCAUUCAACUGGAACUUCUUUAUUCCUCUCCUCCGUUUAUGCCCUGUCAUUUUACUUGAGCUGACAGCUUAGAAUAUGACUCUGUUCUCUGAUUUUUAUAUAUCACACUCUCCUAGUUUGUUGCAUGUGCAUAAAUUUAAGUAUACUCAUAAAUGGCAUGGGAAACCUGAGUGCUUGAUUCACAAGGACAGUGUAGGCUGAAUUUGUAAGACUGCUUCUGUCAUUAGCCAACUUUCAGAGAGUGCAGAAUGUGGGCAAUAAACUUCAAAGGGCAAAUGACAAAUGGGGAAAAGUCCAGCCAUGUUUCUUUUGCUAUCAACUGUCUUAGAUUAUAUUUACUAAAGCUAGAAUAGUAAACCGUUAACCCCCAUUUGGGAGUGGCAUGAGGAGAUGGUAGGUUCGGGGGCAGUAACAUUUCAGUGACAGAAACAAAAUAGCUGACACUUUGUUUUGUUUUCAGUCUAAAAUUGAAACGACUGUCUAAUUUCCUCUCAAGGGUUAAUUUUCCUUCCAACUUGGUGAAACAGUCCAUUACGUAAUUUAUUUCUCUCCCAGGGGAAAAUAGCAUCUUUCUCGAAAUCUCAUAACCUCACUGACCCACUAACACUUACAGAUAUUUAAAAAUGAUUUGCAUGACAGAAUUAUGAAGAUAACUUCCAUGAUUUUUAAUUGGCUUUCAUAUAGUUGACCCCUUUCUAAAUGUGCAUCAACGCUUUCUGUCCAGUAAAAAAAAAAAAAAAA